AUGCUGAUGUUGGAGCACGAUUCCCGCACGGACAUGCGCGUGGUCCGGCAGAUGAGCGCGGGCAUGAAGAUCCAGUGCGCCGAGCGGCGGGUGUGUAAAGUCGGGGACGCCGGAGAGGACGCGGCUUUCCCCGCCGCCGCCGCGACGCUCCUCUCCUCCGGAUCCGCAGAUUGUGAAGCCAGCAGCAGCAGCUACAAUAUGUCUUCUGGAACCUUCUACAGCUGCGUCAGUCAAAUCACCAUUGGGUUCGACCUCGGAGGUCAGAUGGCCAUCGGGAUAUCCCACUGGAAGAACCCGGUCCCCGCGGACGGCCCGACCCUGCCCAGCCCGGACUGCGUCCACUCUGAGGCCUCCGCCGUCCCCGCCAUCGGCCAACAUCCGGAGCCGGUGUCAUGUCCCGCCUCCCUGUCAAUCAGCCCACUGCCGUCAUGCUCCGCCAGUCAGGAGACGCUCAGCGAUAACAGUACAAGUGUUACUAUAUCUCUACAUGGGUCUGAGCCUUCUUGGCAGAGCCCCUUCCACAGACGCAGAGCUCAACUGCAGCCCUCAGCCACCGGCCACCAGGGGGCUGCACACAGAGCUCUCUCCUUGCCCUCCCGCGGGGCAGCAGCCGUCAUGGAGUCCUCGGCAGGCGGUCCAGACUCCCCCACCACAACGAAUGAUGCGUCUUCCCUCGAUGUGAAGGAUGUCAAGUUGGCCCUGGGGACGGAGACAUCGGAGGUCCCCAGCAGCCCGUCCAGAGAUGAAGACUCCACCUUGCUCAACCCGGGGACCCACAGCAGCAUCUUGGAUGAAAGCACAAGGACCGACUCCGUUCACCCAGAGGUGAGAAGAAGUAAGUGCGGGGGCCUGUGUUUCAGUGAUGGCAAGUGCCGCAUUGACUACAUCCUGGUUUACAGGAAGUCUGGCCCCCAGUCAGAAAAGAGGGAGGUGUUCGAAAGGAAUAUCCGUGCAGAGGGCUUGCAGAUGGAAAAAGAGUCCUCCAUGACAAACAGUGAUGUGAUCUUCCUGAAGCUUCACGCUCCCUGGGAGGUUCUCUGUCGCUACGCAGAGCUGAUGAACAUCCGCAUGCCCUUCCGGAGAAAAAUCUUCUACAGGCACCGAAGGCACAAGUUUAUGAGUCGAAUGGAGAAGCGCAUCAACAAGUUCAGGGGCUGGCUUCCUCGCAAGCCCAUGAAGUUUGACAGCGACACGCUUCCAGACCUGGAGGAGAACGAGAGCUUUACCGCCCCCUUCAGUCGGUCCAGGAUACACCAUUUCAUCAUUCACAACAAAGACACGUUUUUCAGCAACGCCACGAGGAGUCGCAUCGUCCACCACAUCCUUCAGCGAGUCAAGUACGAAGAGGGCAAGAAUAAGAUGGGGCUUAAUCGACUUCUGAGCAACAGCUCGUAUGAGGCAGCAUUCCCCCUGCACGAGGGAAGUUACAGAAGCAAAAACUCCAUUCGGACGCAUGGAGCAGAGAACCACCGCCAUCUCCUGUAUGAGUGCUGGGCCUGGUGGGGUGUUUGGUACAAAUACCAGCCCCUUGACCUGAUCAGGAGGUACUUUGGGGAGAAGAUCGGUCUGUAUUUCGCCUGGCUGGGCUGGUAUACCGGGAUGCUGUUUCCUGCAGCUCUGGUGGGUCUGCUGGUCUUCCUCUAUGGCAUGUUCACCCUGGAACAAUGCCAGGUCAGUAAGGAAAUCUGCCAGGCCAGUGAUACCAUCAUGUGCCCCAUCUGUGACCAGUAUUGCCCCCACCUGAGGCUCUCCGACAGCUGCAUCUAUGCCAAGGUCACCCAUCUAUUUGACAAUGGGGCCACUGUGUUCUUUGCGGUGUUCAUGGCUGUCUGGGCGACUGUUUUCCUGGAGUUCUGGAAAAGACGCAGAGCGGUGCUGGCAUAUGACUGGGACCUGGUAGACUGGGAGGAGGAGGAGGACGAAGUCCGUCCCCAGUUUGAGGCCAAAUACUCAAAAAAAGAGAGGAUGAACCCCAUUUCUGGAAAGCCAGAGCCUUACCAGGCAUUCACAGACAAAUACAGCAGGCUCAUCGUCUCAGCAUCUGGGAUCUUCUUCAUGAUACUGGUGGUGAUAGCGGCGGUGUUCGGCAUCGUCAUUUACCGCGUGAUCACCGUCAGUACGUUUGCCGCCUUCGGCUGGGCGCUCAUCAGGAACAACUCUCAGGUGGCGACCACGGGCACCGCCGUCUGCAUCAACUUCUGCAUCAUCAUGCUGCUCAACGUGCUCUAUGAAAAGGUUGCUCUCCUUCUCACCAACUUAGAGCAGCCCAGGACCGAGUCAGAGUGGGAGAACAGUUUCACCCUCAAAAUGUUCCUGUUCCAGUUUGUCAACCUGAACAGCUCCACGUUCUACAUCGCCUUCUUUCUGGGAAGAUUUACAGGUCGGCCCGGGGCGUACCUGCGUCUCCUCGGCCGCUGGAAACUGGAAGAGUGUCACCCCAGCGGCUGUCUCAUUGACCUCUGCAUGCAGAUGGGAAUCAUCAUGGUGCUAAAACAGACCUGGAACAACUUUAUGGAGCUCGGAUACCCUCUCAUCCAGAACUGGUGGACCCGCCGGAGGCUGCGGAGGGAAUAUGGACAGACUGCCAAGGCCAGCUUCCCACAGUGGGAGCGGGAUUACAACCUCCAGCCCAUGAAUGCCUACGGACUCUUCGAUGAAUACCUGGAGAUGAUUUUGCAGUUUGGCUUCACUACGAUCUUCGUCGCAGCGUUCCCCCUGGCCCCUCUCCUCGCUCUGCUCAACAACAUCAUCGAGAUUCGCCUCGACGCCUACAAGUUUGUCACGCAGUGGCGCCGACCUUUGCCUUCUCAAGCCAAAGACAUAGGAAUCUGGUAUGGUAUUCUGGAGGGUAUCGGGAUCCUCUCCGUUAUCACGAAUGCCUUCGUCAUCGCUGUGACUUCAGAUUUCAUCCCUCGCCUCGUCUAUGCCUACAAAUACGGCCCAUGUGCUGGUCAGGGCCGCGCGGGGGAGAGGUGCAUGAUGGGAUAUGUGAAUGCCAGUCUGUCGAUAUUUCGAGUGUCUGACUUUGAGAAGAAGUCGGAGCCCAGGACUAACGGCUCAGAGCUGUUUGGAGAAGCUGUGAAGUUCUGCAGGUACCGCGACUACCGGGAGCCCCCGGACUCCACCGAGCCGUACUCCUACACUCUGCAGUUCUGGCACGUGUUGGCGGCGCGGCUGGCGUUCAUCAUCGUUUUUGAGCACAUGGUCUUCGCCAUCAAAACCUUGAUCGCUUACCUGAUCCCAGACCUGCCCAAAGACCUGCGGGACCGCAUGCGCCGCGAGAAGUACCUGAUCCAGGAGAUGAUGUACGAGGCCGAGCUGGAGCGUCUCCAGAAGGAGAAGAACAAGAGGAAGGACAGGACUCACCACAAGGAGUGGCCGUGAACACGCCACCACGCCACCAGCCGGUUCUGUGUCUGUCACUCCGGGACACGUUUGCUCAGUGGGGCUCUGCAGACAGUGAGGAAGAGCAAGUGGUGAGGAAGAGGAGGGCUGCCCCCC